GUUUGAAUUUACUUCCAUGGAGCUACCUGUUAUCUGAAACAGCCCAAAUAACUUGUACACCACAAACAGGCUAAAAAAAUCUCAGGCAAAUUAUGAAAUUGAUGAAAGUUUGACAACAUUUGAGAUACAAGAACAAUUGAAUCAAUCAAAUGCUAAAUAUAUCCUAAACGAUCCUCCUGUAGAGUUCUCUUUUGACCAAACCCAGCCGAUGACUAAUGUCUCUUCCCUUCUAAACACAAACAGCCAAGAGAAAGAUAAAGAAAAUGAGUGAAACAACAUUCAGCAUAGCAGGAAUUACUCCAAUACAGCCUUGAGCAUCACCGGGAGAAAGAGAGGGCUACAUGCAAAACCUCCAUCAGCAAAUAAAUAAGUCGAAGCACAAAUUCAAGCCAAUUGCCUCACGCAAAUUUGCUAAAAGAAGUACCUCAAAGCAUUCGAAAAAGAACAGAAAUAUUCUAAAUGAAGACAUAGUCUUUGCCUUGCAAGAUUAUGACACGACCAAUCAGAGCAGACCAAGAAGGACAGAGACCUUGAGGGAGAAACUAAGCAAGUCCCCUAGAAAUAGAUCAAUCAAGAAUAAGAACUCAAGGCUCUCUUCGAAACAAGAGAGUGGUGUCAACCAUAACACUGUGGCUAAAUAUGCCCUUAAGAUUACAGGCUCAAAGAUCAAAAGCAAGAAACCGACUAGAUACUCAAGCUUUAGAGAUGAUUUCAAUAACAAGAGAAAGAAAUCUUCCAAGCGUAUCACAAGUAGGGACAGAUCCAAUGGAUUAAAAAGAGCUACUUCUGGACACAAAUAUACUCCAUCAGCUCUUUCUGGAUGAAAGGAAAUCAUUAAUUCACAAAAUUGCUCUUCUAGAGUAAACCGACCAACUCUGACAAGAAGGUAUAAGAGCAGUAUCGAAAGAGGGUUCUCUCGGAAUAGAAGCAAGGAAAAAUCAAAAUCAAAACUCUCAAAAAUCCUAAAAGAGCUUCCUGUCGAGUCUGAACCCACAAUCAUUAGUUUUGACAAAACUCUCCCAUCUAGAAUUUGAAAUAAGAAAGAAAAGUUCAUUCUCCCUCCAAAAUACGAAAAUGACCCAAAAUACACUCUAAUAAUCGACCUCGAAGGAGCUUUAAUAAACUUCCUUGAGGACCCUGAACCCACCCAUUCCACACAAAAAGACACAUGCUAUCUAGUCCGUCCCGGUGGCAUAAAACUUCUCAAAGAACUCAGCUCCUUUUACGAAAUAAUCCUCAUCACCUCGGGCUCAAAGACCUUCGCCGACAGCAUUCUCCAAGACAUUGACCCUCACCAAUCGAUCAAGCACAUCCUGUACCAAAAGUCCUCACCCACCAAAUCAAUCCUGAACACUUCCACUUGUGAAGUCUUAGGCAGAGACCCUGCCUUAACAGUCAUUGUGAAGACCCAGUCAGGGAAUUUGGAGGAGAUAGGUGCCAACUGAGUGGGACUGGGUGAGUGGGAUAGUGGGUAUAGUGACCAGAGAUUGAAGAAGUUGAUGAUUUUGUUGCUGAGGGUUGCUAAGAUGAGGACGACUGAUGUGGCAGAGGAUAUUGCGUUGUAUAGAAAGUACAUCUUAAACUACAUUCAAUAG